CAAAUUCACCAGUUUUCAAUGGGUAGAGAGCGACGACAUAGACCUUCCUUUUUCAAAGUACUCCUUGGUGACUUCUCAAGAAGACUGAAAAUCCCAUCAGAUUUCGUGAAGCAUUUCAAGAAGAAUCGGCCCAAAAAGUUCAUCCUUCAAAGUACUAAUGGGAAAUCAUGGCGUGUGAGGGUGAAGAAGAUCAAGGGUAGCUGGUUUCUACAAAGGGGUUGGCAGCUUUUUGUGAUGUACCAUUCUUUACAAGUUGGGGACUUCUUGGUUUUCGAAUUUAAUGGCAAAUCAAAGUUUAGGGUCACAGUAUAUGACAGAAGUGCUUGUGAAAAGGAAUUACCCAUUUACCACAUAAGGAAACCAAGAAGAAGAACGUUAAGAAAUAAAUUUAUGUUACUACAAUUUGUAGGUGGAGCCAUUGUACCGGUGAAGCAAAGAAGCAUUAAAAGUACCAUAACGCCUGAAGCAGUUAGCUCAUUCAAAACAGAGCACCCACAUUUCAUACAUAUUCUGAGGCGCUCCAGAAAAUAUUUUGUAACUGUUCCAAAGGCUCUGGCAUUUCAGUAUGAACUUUUAAGCAAGGGGAGCAUGGUGCUUCAGGUUCCUCAUGGGAUGUCACAGACAGUAAAGAUAGUUCGAAGUAAAGAUGGUCGCUUCAACCUUACUUCUGGAUGGCUUGUAUUUCAGAAAGAAAACAAUCUGUCAGAUGGUGAUGCUUGCAUCUUUGAGUUCAUCCGAGGAAUGGGUAAUGCAUUCUGUGUUCACAUAUUCCGAGCUCGAUCACUUGCAUCAGCACCAGCACCAGCAUCAGCAUCAGAAGUUGUGGAAGUUGAUCCAAGCAGCUACUGUGCAUCACCCACUGAAACUGUUAAAAUGUUGACCUAUGAUAACCCAUCAGAUGACGCAACCGAGAAUAGCCAAGGGAAGAAGUAGGACCCUUGACCACAAAAUCUACUGUAAUACUCUGUACUUGAAAGCUAACUCUAAUGCCACAUUUCAAGCUUCACCUCUGGGUCUAAUUAAUCA